ACUUUAAAUGAGAAUUUGCCAUGCGAAAGAUCAGGAUUCGGAGAAGGAACGCCAAAAUGCUAUAUAAGAUUGGCUAAAAGAAGCUUAGAAUCAGAUCAAAUAGACGACCAAUGGCAAAAUUUUCCGUCAGAGUUGGAUAUUGCUUGA